UGGCAUCACCAAGCUGUCCCAGACAGCAUACAUUGAGAGUAUGCUGAAGCGGUUUGAUGUGACCACGACCGCUUUCACCCCUGCUGCCACCGAUGCCGACCUAGGGCCGAAGAGAGAUGACGAGCCCGCGGUGGAUAAGCCUGUGAGGGAGGCGAUCGGAUGCCUGAUGUGGACAAAGCUGACGAGGCCAGACAUCGCCCUGCCUCUGAACAAGCUCCAGAAGAUCGGCCACUCACCCGGGAGGAUGUGGAACGCGCUUGUGCGGAUCAUAUCCUACCUGAACUUCACGAAGGACUUCGGCNUGGCAUACAUUGAGAGUAUGCUGAAGCGGUUUGAUGUGACCACGACCGCUUUCACCCCUGCUGCCACCGAUGCCGACCUAGGGCCGAAGAGAGAUGACGAGCCCGCGGUGGAUAAGCCUGUGAGGGAGGCGAUCGGAUGCCUGAUGUGGACAAAGCUGACGAGGCCAGACAUCGCCCUGCCUCUGAACAAGCUCCAGAAGAUCGGCCACUCACCCGGGAGGAUGUGGAACGCGCUUGUGCGGAUCAUAUCCUACCUGAACUUCACGAAGGACUUCGGCAUCACCUACGUACUGGGGUCAGGACUAGACCUAAGCGUGUUUGUCGAUGCCAGCUACGCUGACAACGAAGUAGACAAGCGUUCUACGACCGGGCUAGCUGUGACCGUAGGUGGUACCGUAGUGUGUGCAUCCACCAAGACGCAGCCAGUGACGGCUCAGUCGACCUCGGAAGCAGAGUAUAUGGCAGCCGGGGAGGGCGUGAAGGAGGCGUUGUUUGUGCAUGGCGUUCUGUCGUUCAUAGCGCCCGAGACGAGUGAGGCGAAGAUCAAGGUCCUUGAGGACAACAAGGGGGCUCUCGCCUUAAUCGAGAACCCGUUCAGCUCAGCGAGGAGCAAGCACAUCGACGUGCGGUUCCAUUUCAUUCGCGAGCUAUUCAAGUCGGGCAAGAUCACUGCCGAGUAUGUUCCGACUGGAGAGCACCACGCCGACAUGCUGACCAAGGUCCUUGGCAGAGAGAAGUUAGAGUUCCACCGGAAGGCUCUGAUGAACCUACCGAUGUAG